AGAAGAAAAACUAAGAAAAAUAAAAAACGACCCCAACAUUUUAACUCAAUUGGCAGCAAAGAGAGAGGCGUGUAUGGAGCAACUGCUUAACGGUGUUAAUGGUAACGGUAUUGAUCAUUUUGAUGAAGAUAUUCUGGAUUUAGAUGAACCUACAGCUAAUAAUCAAGUACUUAGAGCCAUAGCUCCUCAAAGACAGGCUUUAAACCGAGGAGAGAUUGUAGAAUUCAUAAAGUACGACCAGCUAGAGAAUGAAGACAGUGAUUCACCUAUAAACAGGAGUUCAGACUCUAUUAACAACUAAUAGGAAAACAUGAAACCUUUGCUGUUUCUUUUGAAACUAGCUUGGGACUGUAGGUAUCGUCUUCCACUUCUCAUAACAGUAGGUUUUAUGGUAUUAGAUGUCAGAAUGCAAUUAGAUAUCAAUGUUCAAACAAGAAGGAUUCCUAGACGCCCUCCUCCUAGAGUGAACCCAGUUCAAGAAAAUGAUUUAGGCGACAAUGAUAAUUCAUCAAAUGAAUCUUGGAGUACCGUUGAAGUUGAAGAUUUCGACGUCUCAGAUGUUGAUCUAUAUUCAUAAUGUAAGACUGCUGUUAAAAGAAGUGAUUAUUUUAUAUUUAGGUUUUAUUUAUCUAUAUAUACAUGCAGGUAUAAUAAUUGCAGCUUAUACAAAAGUAUAGCAAAUAUUAUUUUACUAGAUUAUUGAUCCUACCCUAUGCACUUAUUUUACUAAAAAAUAAUUACAACUAUAUUUUUUUUCAUAAUAUAUUUAAGUCUAUUGUUACUCAGAAAUUAAAUAUUGUAAGUUUUUGUGAAAUUCAAUAUUGUGAUUUCAGUGAUGGUUCAUGAUUGGAUUUUGUGUUAGUAAUGACAUGUAUUAGUCCAUGUGGUGAGACCGCUCCCGUCUGAAAAAUAUUUCUAAUUCGGUUUCUCUGCGGAUUCAUAUUCAAAAAUGUCCCCUUUAAACAAAUCUGAAGGGUGCCGGACGGAAUUUUUGGACAGAAAUUGUUUAAACAAUUUUUUAAACAAAUACAUAAGAUCACCUUUUAUUGCUCCAAAAAAUAUAUUUUUAGGUUUUUUGGGUCAUUCUAAACAAGAUUUUUUCUCAAAAAUUGACAGUUUUUUGGAGAAAGCAAGAAACCCAUUAUGAACGCCCGGCACGGCACAGCCCGGCACGGUACAGCACAGGCCGGCACGUCCAAAAACCCAUUUGUAACGGCCGGCACGGCACGGCACCGGAAAAAUGAUCAUAUAUUUUAAAAACUAUCGUAAAAUAAAAGUUUUUAAAAGACAUAAACUACACAAUUUUAAAGAAUAUGCAUGAUGUUAAAAAACGAAUUCAUGGUUAAAAGAUAAUGUACGUAUCUGUCCAUUGAUCAAAAUUUUGGAUAUUUGUACCCAUGUAUUGUCCUUUUUCUUAAUAUCAUGGAUAACUUGAGUCCGAUGCAUCAUACAAAAAUGGGUAUUCUCUGACACUCUCAAUGAAAAGUUCGUCCAUAUUAUUUUAUUUCAAAAGAAACAACGCGCUUUCAAUUAAAAAAUCAACAAUAUAUCUGCUUAUUACCAAUUAUGACGCACUGGCCGUUCAGGCCGUUCGACUUCAACGGAUUUUAUUCUCCUCGGAGAAUUUUGGCCGUUCCAUUUGCGUGCUGGUCUGUGCCGGGCCGAGCCGGCCGCUCAUAAUGGGUUACGUUGCAUUUAAAACUAUACAAAUGAAUUUGGACUGUCCUGUGCCGGGCCGGGCUGUGCCGUGCCGGCCGUUCAUAAUGGGAUUCUUGCUUUUAUAGGCGAUUUAAAAUCUAAAAAAUGCUAAAAUACGCAUUUUCGAGGCUUAAAAACUCAUAUUUAAAUUAGUAUUUUUAAGGUUGCCAAUAACUUGGAUUAAAGUUUAAACAUUCCUUUUCAAGAUUCCGAAGAGUGAUCGAGUCUAACUUCAACUUAGACCGUAGUUUUUUAAUUGUUAAUUAUGCAUGUCUCUGUUUCAAAAAUCUCCUAAUUUCCUGCGAAAAAUAUUUUUUCUAGAUUCUUUGGGACAUUCUAAAUAAAAUAAGUUUCUUGAAAUUUGUCUCAAAAGUUACUAGUUUUAAAGUUAAUUAUAAGCGAAUUAAAAUGCGAAAAUGUGUUUUUUUUUGUCAUUUUUCGGAUUUUAAAUCGCUUAUAACUUUAAAACUAUUAACUUUUGAGAAAAAUGUCAAGAAACUUAUUUUAUUUAGAAUGUCCCAGAGAAUCUAGAAAAAAUAUUUUUCGGAGGAAAUAGGAGAUUUUUGAAAAGAGUGCGCGGGCCGCACCGGACACGCAUGGACACGCAUAAUUAACAAUUAAAAACUACGGUCUACAUUGAAGUUAGACCCGAUCACUCUUCGGAAUCUUGAAAAGGAAUGUUUAAACUUUAAUCCAAGUUAUUGGCACCCUUAAAAAUACGAAUUUAAAUAUGAGUUUUUAAGCCUCGAAAAUGCGUAUUUUCGCAUUUUUUAGAUUUUAAAUCGCCUGUAACUCGAAAACUGUCAAUUUUUGAGAAAAAUCUUGUUUAGAAUGACCCAAAAAACCUAAAAAUAUAUUUUUUGGAGCAAUAAAAGGUGAUCUUAUGUAUUUGUUUAAAAAAAUUGUUGAAACAAUUUCUGCCCAAAAAUUCCGUCCGGCACCCUUCAGAUUUGUUUAAAGGGGAUAUUUUUGAAUAUGAAUCCGCAGAGAAACCGAAUUAGAAAUGUUUUUCAGACGGGAGCGGUCUCACCACAUGGAUUAUAUAUUUUAAUACUAUGUAUAAAAACGUUUCCUAAAAUUACGUACUAUUGUAAUUUCGAAUUACUUUCAGCAUAGUCUCACAAAAAGCAACCUUGGAGCAUUAGUAUGUUAGCAGUAAUGCGAUUCUCGGUCCAUUCAAAUUUGACCGAACAAAUGCUUUAAUCCAAAUAUUUUGUUAGUCUAUGUUGAAAGAAUCGAUAAAUAUGUAUGUACCUACUUUCCGUUUUAUAUUAAUAAAUAUAAUUUAACUACCUA